AUUUCUUGCACUCACUUUCUCCAAACCUUCCAUCAAUGGCAGCCUUUUCAUAUCAAUACCAACCUUUUCUUCUUGACUCAAUCCUUCAAGCCAACAAUCCCCUCAAAAUGGGUGGCUUUUUGGAUGAACCAAAUUUCAAUAUCAAUUGUUUCACUCAAUUCUUCGCUCAAGAACAAGAACAAGAACAACCCAUUCACCGUUUUCCCGAGCUUUGUAAACGGAGCCCUGAAUCUUUUAGUUUGGUCGAGAAAUCCGAUAGCGGUGAGCCGCCGGUCGUAAGUCAAUUGAAGCCGACUGUGACUUCCCCUUGUAGUAAGAAAAGAAAGAGCCGUGGAAAUAACUCCUCCGCUUGCUCCGCCCAAUCUAAGGAAAGCAUUGGGAAGAAGGUGAAAACUAAAAGGGAAUUGGAUGAAAGGAAAGAAGGAGAUGAAAAGGGCAAAACGGGGAAAAAAGAGGAGAAAAAGGGUUCAGAAGAUGGUGCUCCGACGGGUUAUAUUCACGUCAGAGCUAAGAGGGGCCAAGCCACUGAUAGCCACAGCCUUGCUGAGAGGGUGAGAAGAGAGAAGAUUAGUGAAAGGAUGAAGACAUUACAACGACUUGUUCCCGGUUGUGACAAGGUAACAGGGAAAGCGCUCAUGUUGGAUGAAAUUAUCAACUAUGUUCAGUCUCUACAAAAUCAAGUUGAGUUUCUCUCCAUGAAGCUCACUUCUUUGAACCCAAUUCUCUUCGACUUCAGAAUGGACUUAGACGGCCUCAUGAUCCAACCCGAGUCAUCGUCCUUGAGUAGCAUAACGCCACAACUACCCGCAAUGGCGCAAUGCAACGUCAUAUCACCACCAACAUUGAUCGACACCACCACAACAACAACACCAACCCCAACAAUCGCCACAAAUACCUAUCCACUAACCGACAAUUCAGCUAAUUUGUUUCUAUUCCAACAAGCGAUGAAUCCAAACGCAUACACUCAAUCUCAGGACAACGUUAAGGUUUCAUCAUGGGACGUGGAAGAACAUAAACGAAAGCUUCUUAUUUCAUCAGGAAUUGGCGACAACUUGAGCUACUUCCAUUAAAGAACAGCUUUGAAUUUGAAAUUAAAAUUCUUUAAAGGUGAUUGGAUGAUCGAAAGUGGACAGAGAACAUGAAUAAAGUCGAAGGAGCAGAAAUCAAUGGACAACGAACACAGAGGAUCGGAUCUUUUCAACCCAUUAAUGUUCCCUCUCAGUUGGCUGCUCAAGUUUCGAGAAUCUGCAGUGAAUUUUUUUAGAUCAAAAAAAUAAAUUUUAUUUAUUUUUAA